ACAGCUUUUUUGUGACUGCCGAAAAGUGGGACGAUUCCUGUUCAGCGGCUCCAUUUCAUUUACCACGUGCUCGGCCGUGUGUUACAGCAGUCGUCAACUUAUUAUGGCAGGAAAUUCCCUUUAAACUUCCAAACAACAUGGGCAAAACAAAACAGAAAUCAAGGAAGAAAAAAAAUGAAGAUUUUAAAAAGAGAAAAGUCAAAGUUGGCAAAAAGCUGCCCAAAAAGGAUAAUUUUACAGACACCAGCUUUAAAACCAGGACCAUUCAAGUGCUGCAACAUAUUCGUACCAAAGAUCCAUCUUUACCAACUACAAACCGUAAUUUAAGUAUUAAGGAUUUGAUGAGCCAAUGUCAACAUUACAACUCUACAAUCCGCAGAGAUGGCGUGAAUGGAUUACGAGAAUUGUUGGUUGAUUAUCCUGAACUUCUGUCUGAAAACCUAUCACAAAUUAUGCAGAAGAUAGCUGAACUAUUCAUUGAUAAAGAGAGUAAUGUCCGCCAGGCCAACUUACAUCUGCUUAAGUCCAUUUUACCAUUUGUCAGUGAAAACGUGCUCAGUCCUUUCUUUCCUCUGUUAAGUGCCCAUCUGUGCUGUGCCAUGACUCACAUUGAUGAAGCCCGUCAGCAACACUCAUUGUCUAUUCUUGAUCUGCUUUUACAUCAUUAUCCAAAGCAGCUCAUCCAAAAUUCAUGCCAGCUAUUACCAAACUUUUUACAGCAGAUUUCAUUAAUACGCCAGUCCCAUGGUAAAAAAGUUUUAGGUAAAUUAUCUAAGAACAAUUUCAUGGAUUCUAAAUCAUCCCGUUCUCUAAGUGUUGACCCCAAUAGCAAAUUAUCUUCCAUCAAAUGGAGAUUGGGCGUUUUGCAGCGUAUCUCUAAAAUGUUAGAAUUAAUAAUUGCAGAAGAUAGCCAUGCAGUAUCAGGACUUAAUGGUUCAGUGUCCAACUGUUUAACAGCUAAUGGAAUUCACCCUAAUUCUAGUAAGAAUGGUGUUGUUAUUCAAUGGACUGACUAUGAAGAGGAUCAACGUGUUAUACUUCGACUGAAUGAACUUUAUCAAGUGAGAAAAAAAAACAAUUCAAGUGGUCGUCAUCUGCUAAAGGACAAAUCUUACGUGCAGCGUUUCAUCAGAACACUAAUUCCUUUGAUUCUGGAAUGCUGGGUAGAAUGCUGUCCUGAAAUAAAAGUGGCCUGUGGUGAGGCUCCUAUUUCCAUAGAGUCACUACCAGUGUUGGCUACUUUGGCUGAGUUAUUAAAACUGAUAUGUCAGUACAUUGACUUAACUAAACAGUUGGAUAACAUAGAAAUGCGUGGUUGGUUAGUGAAAACCUAUGGUACUGAGAUGGUUCAGCGGAUUAUGACAGUCUUCCCCUAUAGUACCUACACAAAUGAUGACUUCCAAUUUCUAGAUCAGCCUCACAAUUCCUCACUGAACAAUGCAAAAGAUGCACAAAAUCUAGCUCUUGAAAAACAACUUAAUCUCGAUGUGUGUUAUGUUCUAAGUUACCUGAUAACAGAUAACCGGAAUUGUAGUGUGGAACUUGUGAAUAAAACUUUGACGCCUUUCCUUCAUUAUAUGGAGAGUUUUCUUCACAAAUAUCAAGUUAAAAAGAAAUACGUACAGUUGUUUGUUCAAAUUGUUGUACAGCUUCUGUCAGUGGACGGUAAACAAAUUUCUCUUUUUACUUUGUCUUUAUAGCCUGUUAAUAACUAA